UGUCACAAAGCUCAAAAGAUUAAUCUUUCACUUGAGAUAUGUGAUUUAAAUAAUUUAUCGGACCCUAAGGAUUUGUUUUAUCAACCAAACAUACCCUAAAGAUUUAUGUCCACAGUCCCACUCCCAUUCAUCAUCGUUUAACUUCACCAUUUCCUUCUUCCUCAUUGCUAUUGCUAUGGCGUUUCUUCUCAAACCCUCACAACGCAAUCACCAUCCCCAAACCACCCUCCUCUUCCGCCUCUUCACCUCAAUAACCACCUCACCACCGCCACCAACCCAAAACGACGCCGAAUUAAUCUCCAAAAUCCUCCUCACACAUCACAAUCCUUACCACUCCUCAGAAUCCUCACUCCAACUCAACGGCAUAACCCUAACCCCCAAUCUCUUAACCCAAACCCUAACUCUCCUCAAACACAACUCCAAAAUCGCACUCUCCCUUCACAAUUUCUCCAAAUCUCUCCCAAAUCCACCUCUCUCACAUUCCUCUUACAAUCUCCUCAUCGACAUUGUUUCCAAAGUUCAUCAAUUUGACCUAGCUUCACAAUUAAUCGUUGAAAUGGACCAAAAUAAUCUCCCUCCAACACCAACCACAUUUUUCAUUCUCAUUAAACGAUUAAUUUCGGCUAACUUAACCCGACAAGCGAUUCGCGCUUUCGAAGAUAUCGAACCGUUUACAAACACUAAAUUAACCUCAGAACACUUUACUUUCUUGCUUGAUACGUUAUGUAAGUAUGGUUAUGUUAAACUUGCUUGUGAAUUGUUUAACAAAAAUUAUAAUAGAUUUGUUCCUGAUGUGAAAAUGUAUACUGUUUUGAUAUAUGGGUGGUGUAAGAUUAGUAGAUUUAAGACGGCGUUGUCAUUUUUGAAUGAGAUGAAGGUGAAAGGGAUUGAACCUAAUGUUGUUACUUAUAAUGUUAUAUUGAAUGGGAUGUGUAGAAAGGCUAGUUUGCAUCCGGAGGAUAGGUUUGAGAGGACGGUAAGGGAUGCGGAGAAGGUGUUUGAUGAAAUGCGCGACUGUGGGAUUGAACCGGAUGUGACUAGUUUUUCGAUUGUUCUCCAUGUUUAUAGUAGGGGACAUAAGCCGCAGUUGGUUUUGGAUAAACUUGGUUUGAUGAAGGAGAAAGGGAUUUGUCCCAAUGUGGUUACUUAUACUUCGGUGAUUAAGUGUCUUUGUUCGUGUGGGAGGAUUGAAGAAGCUGAGGAUUUGCUUGAUGAGAUGGUGAGUAGUGGUGUGAGUCCUUGUGCUGCGACAUAUAAUUGUUUUUUUAAGGAGUAUAGAGGGAGGAAGGAUGCAGAUAAGGCUUUGAAGUUUUUUAAGAAGAUGAAGGAAGAUGGGUUGUGCCAGCCGACGACGCAUACAUAUGGAGUUUUAAUUGCCAUGUUCUUGAAGGCGGAUAUGAUUGGAGUUGUUAAAGAGAUAUGGAAUGAUAUGAUGGAGAGUGGGGUUGGACCGGAUUUGGAUUCGUAUACGGUUUUGAUACAUGGGUUGUGUGAGAGGAAGAAGUGGAGGGAAGCUUGCCAAUAUUUUGUUGAGAUGAUAGAGAAAGGGUUUCUUCCUCAGAAAGUUACCUUUGAGACACUUUAUAGGGGUCUCAUUCAGUCUGAUAUGUUGAGGACUUGGAGGAGAUUGAAGAAGAGGCUUGAUCAAGAGUCCAUAACUUUUGGUUCAGAGUUUCAAAAUUAUCAUUUGAAGCCAUAUAGGAGAUGAGCUACUAUUGUUUCUCACGAGGAGGUAAAGGUUGAGUCAGAGAAGAAGAAAGAGAACAAGAAAGCAUAGUGGGAUGGUUCUCUGUCUGAGGUGUUUUAAUGGUUAUUGAGAACGUUCUGAUACUGAACAGGCCGGGAUCCUCACAUAGACACAUACUACAAGAAUAAAUGGAGUUGCAUUGUAAGCGAGGCACAAACUUGUCAUCCAAAUAACUUAUGCACCUUCUCAAUAACUUACAAACUCUUCCUUUUAUAGAAAGAGUUAUAGAUAUUGACAAUAGUUGAUUAUACAAAGAUUCGUGGCAAAUUUUUAGUUGCAUGGGUUUCAAGAUACAUCAAUAUUAUGUCUAGUCUGUUAGUCAAAAGAUUGAAAAGUUAUGCUUGUAGAAUAUUAAUGUGCCUUGAGAUCCAAAGAAAGUCUUGCAGGUUGUCACAAUAUUGUGUUAUGAAGUAUGUAUAACUCUUCCUUUGAGUGUGAUCCAUGGUACCUUGGAUGGUGUACCUUAAAGAAGAUUGAGGUUAGGGAUCGUGAGAGGCACAAUUUAAGAAAAUAGGAGGUGUCAUUUGGAAUGAGAAAGUAUUGGAAAUUUCUUGAAGUGGGCACAAAGAAUGAUGUUUGAGGAGACGAAGCAUCUAAUGAAAAAGAGGCAUUCUAAAAUAAGGAAAUCCGAGCAUCUGACUAGUCGCAUGAAGGCUAAGCAUUGAAAGCCCCCUUGCAUAUGGAAGGCUAUGACAACAGAACAUACCUGAAGGAUGUUGGAUAUUGAAUUAAUUAUCCAUGAAUGUAGUAAUACUCUUUUGAAUUAAGUUUCAUGAUUGAUUCUGAAUGUUUAUCCAUUCUUGGCCCUAUGAUGUCUAUCUUCAAUAGGUUUACUUAAAUGUUUUAAACUUGUGUCA